AUGUUACUCAUUUUAAUUCUGUUUCUGAAGCAAGCUGAGGCUUCACCUUUGUACCGAGAAUGGUAUUCCGAGGAACAUGCAGCUGCUUCACGAGAAGACGGUGAUUUUGACAUGGAUCUGGUGCUAUUCGGUCUCAGUGUUUUGUUUAUGGUUUUUUUUUACGCCAUAUUGACACUGGUAUAUCUUGUAUUGAGGCUGCUUAUUAGACGAUAUUUUAUCCACGGUAUUACUCUAUCGAACAGCAGUGAAAGCAGCAUACGUAGCGCAGGUAUUGAAGCCAGAUGGCAAUGUUUAGUGGACAAUGAAGAGGAUAUCAAAGACAGAUUAGCGCAAUUAUCACCUGAGGAGCAGUUCUACUAUAGACAAGGGGAGGAGUUUAUCAAGCAGAAUCCCCCUUUUAUUCUGCCUUACCAAACCGUUGCAGGCGGCGGUGGAUAUAAUAGUCACAAUACGACUGAUAUAUCUGACCCUAUUAUUAAUGACCAAACUUUACAAUACAUUGAGGAAGAGGGCGUGAAUGCUUGGGAGUUCCAACCAUCAUCUAACCUACCUAAUGACUUUGUUCUGGUGAAAAAUAGAUCCGAACUAACAUUCUUGAAUUGCAAUGCGGAUGUUAGUGUAAUGACAAAUCUACCGAUUCCACUUGUAAACAAGGUGUACUAUUUUGAAUGCAAGAUCUUUGAAAUUCAUGGUAAUACCAAUAAUUUAGACCAUGCACAGCAUCUUUCUGAUAACGAAAUAAUUUCUUUUGGUCUAGCUACUUCACCAUACCCAUAUUUCAGAUUACCAGGAAGACAUCACCAUUCUAUUGCAUAUGAUUCAACAGGAGCACGCAGGUUAAACGAUUCCUUUAAUCUAGCAGCAGAUUUAGCAAGUGUAUUUCCGCGCUGUGAAAAGGGAGAUGUGAUCGGAGUUGGAUAUAGGACUAGGAGUGGGACAGUCUUUUUCACUCGUAAUGGUAAAAAACUAAAUGAAAAACACAUUGGAGGUCACAUUAAGGGUUGGAAGUUUAAAUAUGUUUAUCCAAUAGUUGGAGCGAAUACUCCAUGCAAAAUUCAUGUCAAUUUCGGUACCUAUGGCUUCGUAUAUAUUGAAGCCAAUGUAAAAAAGUGGGGCUACGCAAAAUCAAACGGCUUGAAAUUGCCUCCUCCUUCAUAUGAGGAAUAUGAUCAAGAUAUGCUACUAGAAAGUAGCUACGAGGAUGAGGCAUCUGAUGGAGAAAGUGCAGUAACUCUCGGUGGUGCCAUCUAUGCACAUGGAGCACUGCUACCUCCUCCACCCGGCUUCGAGUUUAGCACUACUCCAAACAGUAACGGGGACCAGUUUACGAUGGGAUCUUUACCUGUAGAACCUCCUGGAUAUUCCUCUGAUCGGAACGAAGAUGGACAUAAUGAUGAUAAUUUUGAUGAUGAAGUAGGUGAAAGCGCAGCCCUUCUUACAAGCCAGAGAAUGGCUGCGAUACAGAGAUCACCCGAGGACCUACAUGUCAACACUUUUGCCAACCAAUUUCUGGAGGGAACUUCCAUAAAGUGA